UCUCUCUCUCUCUGUCUCUCUCUUUCCUGGCAUCAGCAGUAGGGGAGAGUAGAAGGCUGUCUGUGUAUGUGUCUGGCUGCAGUGUCGUAGGCUUGAGCCACGUUAAAAUCCCACAGGAGAUUAGAGUGGGAACACACGCUAGUCCGGACUCUUUAGAAAUGGCAUCCCUAGGAGAGAGCAACAGACAGGCAAAACAAAUACAACAGUAAUGAGGAAAGGAUGAAUGUUGUCUCAUGGAAAACCUGCGCACUGUCUUUUUUUAACCCUUCUCUUUUUCUCUUUCCGUCCGUCUUCGACAAGCUCACUCCUCCCUCCCUCGCUCCCUCCCCUCAUCGCUCUGCUCCUCUCCCUUUCUCUCUCUUUCUCAUUCUCUCUUGCGCGCUCUCAGUGGAGGAAUGUAGAUAGAGGCUGAGCGUAUGCCCACUGCUUUGCACGAUAUCAACGGCUCGCUGUACGGCAGUGGGACGCUCAUCAGACGCUGUUCAGAACGGAUUUGCACUGCUAACGGAUUUGAUCAUCCACCGUCUCCUCCUGGACAACUCUGCACCUGCCACUGCCUCCUUUACCGGGUUUAUUGCUCAGCUUGCACGUACUGGGUCCGUGCUGCAGGUCCCUUGCUCCCUUAAGGAUGCUAUAAAUCAUCAGGAGCUUUGGUCGUGGAAAAGGGGACAUAUUGCUUCAUGGUCAACGCUUAGUCCCUCUUUCGUGAGGGAACCAGCUUGCUGGGAUAUGUAUAGCUGACUCAGCUCUCAAAUACAAGUCAGAUCGAGACCUUGAAAAAGGAAUUGGUGUGAAUGAGGGAGCCAGAGAGGAAAAAUAUGAGGCAGUAUUUAACUUUUACUGAACUCCAUCUUUAAAUAUUGCAAUUGAUGGAGUGACGAGAUCUGAGGAUAAAUUUAACGGUGGUGUCAUCUGCAAAAAGAGGGAUUUGAUAAUCUGACGACAGAGAGUGCUGCUGCAACGGCUGGUGCUCGGAGUCAACAUGCAAAUGAUUUCACUCCUCCCUUUCCUUCCACCUUCUUUGCUCGGCACCUUUACUUAACAUUUGUACCGUUUUGGUGAUCUUGCGGCGAGCUGGAAGUCGUCUGGACGUAUUGGUGGAACUGGACUAAAAGACUGUCCUUUUGCUGGAUUCUGCAACCGCUGAGAUUUCUACCUCCGGAAUUCUAUUGGGUGUAUGCGCUUGUCUGUUUGUGAGUGUGUGUAUGUGUAUUAGUUUGUGGCAGUGUGUGGAUGUGAUUUGUCUGCCUUGAUGUGUUCAUAAUUAUUUCUGUGUUCUUGCGGUUGUCUUUUACUUUCCGUUUUUUUCUUUUUUUUUCAAUGUCUGGCAUUUCUGGCCGGCAUUUCGUCCUGUGCUGUCCAUGUCUGCCGAGCACCCGGCCUUGGGGUUAACCCUUAGUGUGCCACAGGCGAGAUGAGUGACAGCUCGGGAACAGUGAGCAACUCGGGGGCUAUGGUACUGGAGGAGCCCGAUGGGAGAGGCGGCUCCGGUGGACGUGAACAAGCCCAGGCCCCUGUGCGUGGUGGUAUUUUAAGGUGUGGGAGCUGUGCCCUUUGGCCCCGCCAACAGACCUGGCUGUGUGUGGUUCCGCUUCUCAUUGGCUUCAUAGGCCUGGGGCUCAGUCUGAUGCUGCUGAAAUGGAUCGUAGUGGGUUCUGUGCGGGACUACGUGCCCACAGACUUGGUGGACGCCAAGGGUAUUGGCCAGGACCCCAUCUUUCUGUCCAAGCCUAGCACUUUUCCUAAGGGAUCUGACACCACAACCACUACAACCACUAUUAGUGAGGUCAGCUCGGUCACCCCCACCGUCACCACAGUGGUGCGGAGCAGGACUCGAACGGGAACUCCUCCAAACAUUCCCCCUAGAGGCAGUGGGGCAUCCGGCAGUCAGGUGACACAGAAGAGCCCAUCUACGCGCUUUGUCACACGUAAUCCCACUUUUACGACCACCAUGGCCUCUACCACCACGUCUACUGUCCAUACGUCCACAUCCAGCCCCUCUCCCUCCAACCCAGCAGUCCUAAACGACUCCACCCAAAUGUGGACCAGAGAGCAGUCAUCCGAGAGGCAUGUAACCACGCCUGGUCGAACGCAUGUCAGCCGCAAGACACCAUCACCAACUCUUCCGCCUUUGAAAUCAGAGCAUUUCAAGCCGUGUCAGGAGAAAGACCUGGCCUAUUGCCUGAAUGACGGGGAGUGCUUUGUCAUCGAGACCCUGAGCGGCCCACACAAACACUGCAGGUGUAAAGAGGGUUUCCAGGGCAUUCGCUGUGACCAGUUCCUGCCCAAGACUGAUUCCAUCCUGUCUGACCCAAUGGAUCACUUGGGCAUUGAGUUCAUGGAGAGCAAGGAGGUGUACAAAAGACAAGUGAUGUCUAUCACAUGUAUUGCCAUGGGGAUCAGCUUUCUAGGCACCCUCUGCAUGGCUCUCUACUGUCGGAACAAGAGAAGGAGAGAAAAGCUCCAGGCACACUUGAAAGAGAGUCGUAGCCAGAAAAACUACAACCUCAACUCUUCCAGCCUGACCUCUAAACCCAGCCUUAGGCCUCAGCAAAGCCUGCAGAUCCAGAAAUAUUAUAAACCCACAAGGUCCUUGCCACCACUUGGAGGCGCUGUUCGAGAGUCCAGUUUUGCUCAAAGCACUGCUGCCUCUACCAAUUCACAGGUCACGUUGACAGGAAAACACACCAGGAGCAGUUCCCUUUCUCAUAGUCCAGAUCAGAGGAGUCGUUCUGCUCUUCGGCCUGCAUCUCGUAGAACACCACCCAUAACCAGAGGAUGUCUGAAUGCCAUUGGUGGAUCAAGAGAUUCUGGUCCUGCCUACCAACAUCUACAGGAAGUAGACAGCUCAGAGAGGGAGUCAGUGAGAAGGAACAUCUCUGGCCCAGGUAAUGACCUACAUCAGGAUUCCUUUUACAAUAUGCAAGCCUCACAAUCCUCAAAAUCUUGGAGUAGCCACUUAGACCACAGGUGCGCUAGGAGCCUCAGGUCAGGCGGCCCUAGCCAGAGUCCUCCUGCUCCCUACCGACCCUGCUCUAUCCCAAUCAUCCCCUCCGUCCACUCCUACCAGGAUGAGGUCUCGUGUAUGCAAACCACCCCUACUGAUGGAAGCAGCCGUUCUAGCCCUCUGGAAAGCAAAGCAGAUGCCAAUCAACAAUCCAACGUAACGGUCUCCAACCGAGCAGCUGGUAGACGAGAGGAAGUGGCCUCACUACUUGACGAGGCUCAGGAACAGCUCAGAGCGCUAGCACAUGCCCAGAGGAAACAGGAGGACAUCAGUAGCUUCGUCCCUCAGGGGGCCAAAGAGACUGUGUGUAUCCUUUUAGCAAAUGGGGGUGGACAAGGGGGAGUGGCCUCUUUUGGGCCCACGGAGACUCACUUAGUGAGCCCGAGAGACACACACAAAGAUGCCACAAAGCCUGGCCAAUGAGGAGUUGACAGGACUAACCACAAACGCCCCGUGUGUCUUGGGGCUUCGGAACGCUCUGCCAAAAUACCACUGAAACCUACCGUUGAAUUUCUGAGGACCUGCUGUGGGUAGAAGCGUGGGAGAGUGGCAGUCUCGAACAUGUGAAAAGAUAAUUUAUUUAUAUGCAUUUAUUUAAGGAGAAACUUCUACUUAGAAAAAGAAACCAAAUAGUCUGUCAUCUCCAUGGUGUUUUUAACUGUAUAAAAUAUACAUAAAUAUAUAUAAAUGGAUAUAAAUAUAUGAAUUCAAACUGGUGACCAAGUACAAAAAAGGAAUAUGGGAAUGAGAAACUUACUUUUGUAAUGUAUCAGCUCCACAUUCUUAAAGACUUGAUGCCUGGUGGUUUAGAAAAAAAAAAUAUUUAAAAAAAUCAAAAAGGAGUUUUUCCAGUCGUUUCACUCAUUUCCAGCUUGUCCGACACACAAUCUUGUGUUUUGCACCUGCAGCAGCUGUGUUUACUAUCACCGUCCCAGUCACUGUCCUUUACCCUGCCAAGGAAUAUGGCUCCAUCUGCCUUUGAAAACAGUGGAAUAUGGAUUACAAUUGGACUAAACUUCUAAAUGCUAAUCGUAUCCAGGCAUGAGGUAACUGAUAGUUAAGCACUGCCUCCAAGACAUCGAUUGGAAGAAUUUGGUGUGUCUGUCCUUUUGUGGAGCAAUCUGCAUUUUGUUUUUUGUGCCUCGGUGCGUUCACUCCUUCAUUUUGAUUUGGAUACGAGUAAGGAUAAACUAAUGGAACAGAGCACAUCCUACAGCACACCACCUGAGAUGCACAAACAGACCGUCGUCGCCUCUCUGGAUGGACCGAGGAUAUUCCUGCACGGGAUAGGGGAUGGGGGUGGGGGGGCGUUCUCGGCCAACACAAGGAGCUUUGGUGUUUUUUUCUUUUCUUAUGGAAUUAUCUGCUGCUUUCUGGGAAGGUGUGUGGGAGCAGCGGUCACUAUGAGUCUGUAUGCUACCUUUGGAUUGGGACAUAAUAUUUCUGUGAAUUAACAACCAAAUGUGGUAAGCAAGAAAAAUUAACAAUGAAUCUUUGGUGAAGCUGUUUCUUUGUUUCCAAUCUUUUUUUGUUUUGUUUCGUUUUUUUUAUGACCCCCAAUUCACACAACUGUGCAUGUUGAUGGUAUUGUUUUGCAGAAAUGACUUACUGAGAAGCCCCACAAAGAGAAAAACACAUUAUAAUUGACAUGCAUCUGCUGAUUUCAACCCAAAUCCUGGUAUAAAAACACGAGUGGUCUGCUGAGUUUUAUAGAUCAGUCUUAAUAGAACUGUGCUCAAUGACGGCAUUAUUUCGAACUGACUUUUUUAUGUGUUGUUGUUCCUCCUCAAGCAUUUAUUUAAGACCGCCAACUGUAGUUUGGUUUUAAGACCUUUGUUUUUUAUGCAUGUUGCAUUUGUCCUUCAUCAGAGAUUGUGCCUGCCAUUCCAGACAUAACUCAAGGCUAAGAUUAAAUUAAACAUAUCUCCUGGUAAAAGAAAGCAAAGUAAAGGUUAGCCUGUGGCAGAAAGGAGGUAUAAGGGCAGGCAGAUAAGACUUUCACUUGAUCUUAUAGAACCUUUCCCUUGCAAAAGCACUGACCUCAUCAGGGAAUUGAAAUGUGGAUGGCUUGUCUUUCAAACACUAUACAUGCCAAAACACGCCAAAAUGUAAUCAUGCAUCAGAAGUAAUAUUACUACUGUAUAAUUUAAAGACAGGAUAGAUUUAGAUCUUAAAGCUAUACUAUUCUUUAUCAGACAAAUUACAUUUUUAUUACAUCUUUUAUAAUGUCAAGUUGCAACUAUUAAUGGUUUAGGACAGUUCUAGGAUUUCAGUUAGAUACGAGUUGCUGCUCAGAUGAAAUUCAGAAGUUUCCAAGAGGUCACUUUUUCUUUUUUUGUAACCAAUUAAAAUAGUAUGUUUAAAACAGUACCUUGUUUCCGCCACUACAUAAAAAAUAAAAAAGGUAAUUGUGACUUUUUAGCUCACAAUUCUCACUUUUUUAUCACAAUUGCAAGUUAACAUCUCGCAAUUCAGAUUUUUUUUCCUCAGAACUGCGUGAUAUAAAGUCGCAAUUGUAUGUUAUAAAGUCAGAAUUGCGAGAUAUAAACUCGCAAUUCUCAGAAAUAAAGUCUCUUUUUUCCUCAGAAUUGGACUUUGUAAUGCACAAUUGCGUGUUUAUAUGUCAAAGUAAGUCAGAAUUGCAAAAAUACUGUAUAAACUUGUGAAAGUUGCAAGUUUAUGUCUCACAAUUGACUUUUUUUCUUGCAGUUGCGAGUUUAUGUCCUGCAAUUCUGAUUUUAUAAUUCGCAAUUGCGAGUUUAUACUGUAUCUUGCAAUUCUGAACUCUAAAUUGUGAGAAAAAAGUCAGAAUUGUGAUAAAAAAAAGUCACAAUUAUCUUAUACAUUAAGAUAAUUGUUAUAUUAUAUUAUACAUUUUUUAUUCUGUGGCAGAAACAAGCUUCCAUAUUUGUUAGUAUGAACAUUUAUGAUUGUUUUUUUUAUGUAUGCAUGUCACUUUAUCCAUCUCUUUUUAUGGGCAUAGGUAACCAGAAACUUCACACGCAACAAAGAUGAUGCCACAUCGCUAAGUGAUCUAUAAAACUGCAGACUAGUUGAUUUCCAGGUCAUAGCAGCAGAUAUAUAAACCGUCCUCCAUCUGUUGCAGCUAUUAAUGUUCAUUUUCAGUUGAAAUGAUGUGGGAAAUGUUUCAUUUGAGCUGGACCAUAUUUUGUACACUAGUGCUAAAGUAUAUUAAAUUAUGUUUUUGCACAGUAAUUACAAUGUAUGGUACUUUAUGCUGUCAUUAUUCCAGAAUGCAAGGUAUGUGAUUGAUGAAUUAAUUACUGAAGACAGUUUAUUGCAAGACAUUGUUUCGACAGUAUGUGCAACCUGCAACUGUAGAAGGUGUAACACGAGCACAACCGAAACUUCAUGGUUCUGUAUAACAGUCCCUUGACGUACUUUAAUGUGCAAUUUCAAAAUCGAGAAAUUUCGUUUUAUUCUUGUAUGUGAGAAACUGCAUUAUUGCCCUCCCAACUGAAAUAGUUUUUCUUUUCAUUUAGUUCAUUUUUUUUUAUUUUUUCAAUAAAGAUGAAUCUUCAGUGUUGAAUAAUUUUAGAAUGAGUGCCUUUUUUUUACUAAAUCAUAAAUUAUUAAUAAUAUAAAUCCUAAAACAUCAGACUACAUAAACCAGUUAUUUCAGAAUUGUUUAUACAGUGGUAAUAUAUUUAUUAAUAUUUUGAAUUAGCUUUUAUCUUUGUAUAUUUAUUUACAGUUUUCAUUUUAGUUUUAGUAAUUUUAUGUUCUUGUCAUUUUUUUUUCUAUUUAGCCUUAAUUUAUUUUUUAUUUCAGUUUUUAGUAAUUUUAGUAUUUCAACAUUUUAUUUCAGUUAGUUGCUCAAGGCAACAUUUAUCUUUUGUAAUUUUUUUUUUUUUAUCUAAUAUUUCAAUAGUGAAAUGAUAUUCUGUUGUUUCAGCUUUAUUUCAAUUAACGAAAAUGUUCUAUCCUGCCAUGUCCACACAUUAUGGAUGAGCUCAUAAUCUUAAAAAAAAAAAAAAAAAAAGGGUGUGUGUGAUGAAUGUUUAUAAAAUCUAAGAUUUCAUAACAUCUAAAGAAAUAUUAUAAAGGCUGAUGCAAGAUCGAAACAGACACAACAGGAUUUAUCAUCUCUACUGUCAUUAAAAGUGAAUAAGAAUAAAAAAUAAAAGCAACAAUGAAAAAUG